AUGGGCAGCUGGGCCGCGGCGACAUGGCGGCUUGGUGGCUGCAGCGGGCGCGUCGGCCUUCGCGUCGCACCGCGGCGGCGGGGCAGCUCCCGCCCCGGCGAUGGGGACCGGGCGGCGAUCCUGAGCGACCUGCUGCAGAGCUCGGUGGAGGCCGAGGAGCCGGGCGCGGCAGCGGCGGCGAGGCGGGCGCGGCCGUCCCCCCAGGAGGGCACGGUGCUGCUCUUUCCCGGGCAGGGCAGCCAGUUCGUGGGGAUGGGCCGCGGGCUGCUGGGGUACCCCGGCGUGCGGGACAUGUACCGCCUGGCCGAGAAGGUGCUGGGCUACGACCUGCUCUCCCUCUGCCUGGAGGGGCCGCGGGAAGAGCUGGACCGCACCCAGCACUGCCAGCCCGCCGUGUUCGUCGCCUCCCUGGCCGCCGUGGAGAAGCUCAACCACCAGCAGCCUAAAGUGGUGGAGAGCUGCGUGGCGGCGGCGGGGUACAGCGUGGGGGAGUUCGCGGCGCUGGUCUUCGCUGGAGCCCUGGGCUUUGCGGAAGCGCUGUACGCGGUGAAAGUGCGCGCCGAAGCCAUGCAAAAGGCGUCGGAAGCUGCCCCCAGUGGAAUGCUAUCGGUUAUCGGUCGGCGAGAGGCAAAUUACAAAUUUGCCUGCUUGGAAGCUCGUAAACACUGUGAAUCGCUGGGUAUAGAAAACCCUGUCUGUGAAAUUUCAAACUAUUUGUUUCCAGACAGCAGAGUCAUUGCAGGACACAUACAGGCUUUGGAGUUUUUGCAGGAGAAUGCCCGAAAAUAUUAUUUUACACGUGCAAAAUUGCUUCCGGUCAGUGGGGCGUUUCAUACCAGACUUAUGGAACCAGCAGUAGAACCACUGGCUGAAGCCCUAAAAUCGAUUGAGAUUCAGAAACCACUGCUCUGUGUCUAUUCCAAUGUUGAUGGCAAAAAGUACAUGCACUCAAAGCACAUUCAGAAGCUGUUAGUGAAGCAAGUGGUUUCUCCUGUUAUGUGGGAACAGACCAUGCAUUCUGUUUAUGAAAGAAAGCAAGGAACAGAAUUUCCUUACACAUAUGAAGUGGGGCCUGGGAAGCAACUAGGAGCCAUUCUCAAAAAAUGUAAUUUAAAGGCCUGGAAACAAUAUAACCAUGUAGAUGCUUUGGAAGAUGAGGAAGCAGCAGAAACCUAAGUAGCCCUUUGAGAAAAAUCCACGCAACUUGGCUUUUCUGCUUAAAUUGAAGGUUGUGCUCCCAAAAAGAGGCAGUCUUAAACAUGCUGGAAAGAGUACCGUGUGUGUGAUCACAGUGAACAUUUUCCUUCCCCAUGUGCUUGACCUCAGCUGUAGAAGGGGAAGAGCAAAAUUUGUUUUUUCCCACCAAUGUGGGACAGCAAAACUGCCAAUAAACAUGCCAAAUAGCCUUCUGUUUGGCUGACUCAAUCCUGCAAGCAACUUCCUCUCUUUUUAAAUUUUUCUGCGGGGGGUGGAUUUGGGUUCAACUCGGUAGCUGUGACUGUGUGGUGCAGGGAUCUUCUGUGUGGGCACAGGGGUAGAACCUGGCUCUUGGAUCUGGGUUGUUGAGGGUUCUGCACUGGGCCUGAGGAUGCAUUUAGAGGAAUCCAUCAGUUGGUACUGCUGUUGGUAUGCUGGUGUUGUUGGUUUCUAAUUCGACUGACUUGCAGGACAUUUAUCUAUGUAAAAUUCUUUUAUUUUGUGACUAUGUUGUCACAUAGCAGCCAGGUAAGGCAGAAGAUGUAAUAAGGAAUGUGAUUUUCUUAAGGUUGAACUAUGAAUAAACUAUAAAGCUUGUUUUGGUAUUUUUAA